CCCAACACAGACACCACUCUGCAAGCUCCGAACCGGCCGCCCCCACGGGAGGAGCGCGCGAGCGCAACGCGGAGCCUGGUGGCCGCGGGGGCGCACUGCGAGCGGCGGCAGCGGAGAGGUGCAGGCGACCGCAGCGCGGGCGAGCCCCGGGGGAGAGUCGGCGGCUCCUCCAUCGCCGCAGCCACCCGCCCGCCCGCGCGCAACGCAGCGCAGCGCAGCGCAGCUCGAGAGCGGGACCGGGCGCCCCGAGCUCCGGCAGGGCCCGCCCUCCCCUUCCCGUCGCCCGCCAGCGCGCCAGCGCGGGUCUGCCCGUGACUUCAGUUCAGCUCCACCCCCGCGUGGCGGCGGCUCUCUGGGUCCGGAGCCGCGCUAGGCACCAGCCCAGCCUGGGCGAGCGGCAGCCACCUGCCGGGCGCCGCCUCCGCCCGCCCCCCCAGCGCGGCCCAACUUGGAUGGAGUUGGGGUCCUGAGCUCCUGCCCCCCACAGCCAGCCGGCGGAGAGCCGCGCGCCGCCACCUCCGGUCCGGGACCCCCUCUCCGCUCCUCUCCUCUCCUGAGAUGGGAAAAGUUGGCGCCGGCGGCGGCUCCUCAGCCGGGCUGAGCGCGCUCCUCGUCGGCGCGGGGCUCUUGGUCCUCUGCGCCCCCGGCGCCUGCGGCGGAGCUUCGUGCUGCCCCCCACAGCCUCCCGGCUCGGUUCCGCACUGGGCUCCGACCCCAGGGGGAUUCCUUCGCCAGGGGUCUCGGGGUAGGGCUCCCGCCACGCCCCUGCCCUUCCCAGGGCGCCCCCUGUUCGCAGUGGCCCCCGGAGACCGAGUGCUGUCCCUGGAGCGGCCCCAGGGCGCCGGCGUAUUCGUGGCCGCUGCCCCUCGCUCUGGCCGGAGAAGACGGAGCGGAGCGGAUCCCGAGAAAGCCGAGCCGGGAGAAGGCGAGAGCAGAGGCCCCCGGGGAGUGCCGAGGGACGGCGGGCAGCAGGAGCCUGGGACUCCAGAGCGGGACCCGGACAAAGCCACUCGAUUCCGGAUGGAGGAGCUGAGAUUGACCAGCACCACGUUCGCGCUGACGGGAGACUCAGCACACAACCAAGCCAUGGUCCACUGGUCUGGCCACAACAGCAGUGUGAUUCUCAUUUUGACAAAGCUGUAUGACUAUAACCUGGGGAGCAUCACCGAGAGCUCACUUUGGAGGUCAACAGAUUAUGGAACAACCUAUGAGAAGCUUAAUGAUAAAGUUGGAUUGAAAACAAUUUUGAGCUACCUAUAUGUGUGCCCUACCAACAAGAGAAAGAUUAUGUUACUCACAGACCCAGAGAUUGAGAGCAGUUUAUUGAUCAGCUCAGACGAAGGAGCAACCUAUCAGAAAUACCGACUGAACUUCUACAUUCAUAGCUUGCUUUUCCACCCAAAGCAAGAAGACUGGAUCCUGGCAUACAGUCAAGACCAAAAGUUAUACAGCUCUGCGGAAUUUGGGAGGAGGUGGCAGCUCAUCCAGGAAGGGGUCGUACCAAACAGAUUCUACUGGUCUGUAAGGGGGUCAAGCAAGGAACCAGACCUUGUGCAUCUUGAGGCCAGAACUGUGGAUGGUCAUUCUCAAUACCUCACUUGCCGGAUGCAGAACUGCACAGAGAGCAACAGAAAUAAACCUUUUCCAGGCUACAUUGACCCAGACUCUCUGAUUGUCCAGGAUGAUUAUGUGUUUGUUCAGCUGACAUCAGGAGGACGGCCACAUUACUAUGUGUCCUACCGAAGGAACGCCUUUGCACAGAUGAAGCUGCCUAAAUAUGCUCUGCCCAAGGACAUGCACGUCAUCAGCACAGAUGAAAAUCAAGUGUUUGCAGCAGUUCAAGAAUGGAAUCAAAAUGACACUUACAACCUAUAUAUCUCAGACACCCGAGGCGUCUACUUCACCCUGGCCUUGGAGAAUGUCCAGAGCAGUCGAGGCCCUGAGGGCAAUGUCAUGAUCGACCUCUAUGAGGUAGCAGGGAUAAAGGGAAUGUUCUUAGCUAACAAGAAGAUUGACAACCAGGUGAAGACUUUCAUCACAUAUAACAAAGGCAGAGACUGGCGUUUGCUGCAGGCACCAGACGCGGAUCUAAGGGGUGACCCUGUACACUGUUUGCUGCCAUACUGCUCACUACACCUUCACCUUAAGGUUUCUGAGAAUCCCUACACGUCAGGGAUCAUUGCCAGCCGAGACACAGCUCCCAGCAUUAUAGUGGCUUCAGGUAAUAUUGGUUCUGAAUUGUCAGAUAGUGACAUCAGCAUGUUUGUCUCUUCAGAUGCAGGGAACACAUGGAGGCAGAUCUUUGAAGAAGAGCACAGUGUUUUGUAUCUGGAUCAAGGAGGAGUCCUGGUUGCUAUGAAACAUACAUCUCUGCCAAUUCGACAUCUCUGGCUGAGUUUUGAUGAGGGAAGAUCUUGGAGCAAAUAUAGUUUCACAUCUAUUCCACUUUUUGUCGAUGGUGUUCUGGGUGAGCCUGGGGAAGAAACUCUAAUCAUGACAGUGUUUGGACACUUCAGUCACCGCUCUGAAUGGCAGCUGGUGAAAGUGGACUACAAGUCCAUUUUUGAUAGACGCUGUGCGGAGGAGGACUACAGAUCGUGGCAGCUACACAGUCAGGGAGAAGCAUGCAUCAUGGGAGCAAAAAGAAUAUAUAAGAAGCGAAAAUCUGAGCGUAAAUGUAUGCAAGGAAAAUAUGCGGGAGCUAUGGAGUCUGAACCCUGUGUCUGCACAGAGGCCGAUUUCGACUGUGACUAUGGCUAUGAACGACACAGCAACGGUCAGUGCCUGCCUGCAUUUUGGUACAAUCCAUCUUCUCUGUCAAAGGAUUGCAGUGUUGGACAGAGUUACCUCAACAGUACUGGGUAUAGGAAGGUGGUUUCCAAUAACUGCACCGAUGGUGUGAGAGAACAGUACACAGCCAAACCCCAGAAGUGUCCAGGGAAGGCCCCGCGGGGGCUCCGGAUUGUCACCUCUGAUGGAAAACUGACAGCAGAACAAGGGCACAAUGUCACUCUCAUGGUGCAAUUAGAAGAGGGUGAUGUGCAGAGAACGCUCAUCCAGGUGGACUUUGGGGAUGGCAUUGCAGUGUCUUACGUCAACCUCAGCUCCAUGGAGGAUGGAAUCAAGCAUGUCUAUCACAAUGUGGGGAUUUUUCGAGUGGCCGUACAGGUGGACAACAGUCUGGGGUCUGACAGCGCCGUCCUGUACUUACAUGUAACUUGUCCCCUGGAACAUGUCCACCUGUCUCUUCCCUUUGUCACCACAAAGAACAAAGAGGUCAAUGCGACUGCAGUGCUGUGGCCCAGCCAAGUGGGUACCCUCACCUAUGUGUGGUGGUACGGAAAUAACACAGAGCCUCUAAUCACCUUGGAAGGAAGCAUCUCUUUCAAGUUUACUUCUGAAGGGAUGAACACCAUCACAGUGCAGGUGUCCGCAGGCAGUGCCAUCCUGCAGGAUACGAAGACCAUAGCCGUGUAUGAGGAAUUCCGAUCUCUUCGCCUGUCCUUUUCUCCAAACCUGGAUGACUACAACCCAGAUAUCCCUGAAUGGAGGAGGGACAUCAGCAGAGUCAUAAAAAAGUCUCUGGUGGAAGCUACAGGGGUUCCUGGCCAGCACAUUUUGGUUGCUGUGCUCCCUGGUUUACCCACUGCUGCGGAGCUCUUUGUCUUGCCUUACCAGGGUCCUGUAGGAGAAAACAAGAGAUCUGCAGAAGACUUGGAGCAGAUAUCGGAAGUGUUGAUCCACAAACUCAAUCAAAACUUGGUGCACUUUGAGCUGAAGCCUGGUGUUCAGGUCUUUGUCCAUGCAUCCCACUUAACUACAGCCCCACUGGUGGACCUCAAUCCAACCCAUAGUGGUUCUGCUAUGUUGAUGCUGCUCUCAGUGGUAUUUGUGGGGUUGGCAGUAUUUGUCAUCUAUAAGUUUAAAAGGAAGAUCCCGGGGAUUAAUGUUUAUGCCCAGAUGCAGAAUGAGAAAGAACGAGAGAUGGUCAGUCAAGUCAGUCACAUUGAAAGCAGGCCCCAUAUCCCUCAGACUGAACUAAGGAGGCCUGGCCAGCUGAUAGAUGACAAGGUGGAGUCACAGCUCAUAGGAGAGUAGCUUUACCCUCCCCUCCCUCCCCUUCUACUCAACCUGGUGACUCAUCUCUCCGAUUGCAAAGAGCAAGACACUCCACUCCACCUUCAACGCCAAAGCGGGGAUCUGCUGGGACACACUUUGCAAUCUAAGGAAACCCCCCCCCAAAGGCUACAGGCGACCAGCUGAUCAGGAAUGAAUUUCGCUCUUGUCAAGUGCAUCAUCCUUCAUGACCACUAACUUUAUGUUUUUUGUUUUUCCUUUCUUCUGUUGUUCUGUUUCCUAUCUUGCCAGGAAGUAUUUCCAUAGUUGCUGAGAAUCAAAGCACAAAAGAAAUCCCUACCUAUGUAAAUGUUUGAAUGGAGGACGCCAGUAAAAACAAAAAACAAACUAAACUAAAACAAAAAAAAAAUCAAAAUACAAACAAAACAAACAAACACUCACUGCAUCGGGACUUUUUAAUUCUUCAGACACAGACAACAAGGGUUUUUAGCUUUAAGCCUGUGCAUGUGGACAAUACCUUGAGAACAUGCUUGGAGGGGCAGUGUACAGGUGCUCUAUUUUAAUGGAAAACACUCCCCUCCCCCUUUCUUUCUCUCUCUUUUCUGAUCGGUCGUGUUUGUAGGAAAUUCCUAACAUAUAUAGGCCAAGGAAAUCUGCAUGUAUUUUUGGAAAUAUUCUUGGCUCUAGAUUUAACAUCUCUUUUAGCAUUACAGGCUGAUGGGUGGAAUAGCCACCUUAGCCUCUUUCGUAAGAUACAGUUACAUGCACAGGAGUUUGAAACCCUGAGCUGUUUCUCUGUUCUACCUUCCUUAUUGCCACUUUUCCCUCCUAAGUUCCCUUUGGUAUUCUGCUGGCCAGGAGUGGCCACAGGGUUGCUUUCUCUAUUCUGUGGGGCCCCCAAAAUGGAGAAAUAAGUGGAAAGUUCCAUGUAUACACGCAGAUUGGUUAAAAAAGAAAACCAGGGGAGGCAGGCAUGUCAGAAGUGAACCUUGUUUCCCGUUCACCCCUUCCAUCAUGACUGCUUCCCCUUAAGACUUUCCAUCCUGCCCCAACUUAGGUAGAAAACAAAGCAUACAGAUGUCUGGCCUUCCCGUUGUUUGCUUUCCAUGUGUGGUCAUGAUCCAUUGAUGGCUUGGUAACUCUUCCCUCCAAGCCCCAAGUUAUCCUUCCACCACUCCUAUCUUUUCUUCCCCAAACUGUUGCUCAAUUGUGAACAUUAGCCAUGCUGUUCCCUAAACAUUGACCUUGCCUCUGCCAGCUCUACCCCAUGACUCCUAGUCAGUUUUGUACACUUCCAAGCAUGCCAGCUUCUGUACACACUGACCAAGCUGCGUCCUCCCCUGCAGGGUUCAACUUUCUGGAUCCUGUGUCACCUCCAGUAGAACCUACCCCUUCUAAAUAUUCCCACCUGGAAACAUAUAAAGAGUUGAUGUAUGCAGAAUAAUUCAAACCUGGCCAUGUAUGUUAGAAAACAAAGCAUACCGAUGAACCGUGGUAUUCUGACACAUUAAAAAUAUCUAGUGUAUUCAAACUCUAGAAAGAUUCUUGUGAGAAAUGUUUUGAACAUGUUGCUAUGUGACAGGGCAAUUUCUUCCUGUGAUGGUUGCUGUCAGCCAGUAUUUCUUCUCUCACAGUAGAGCAAAGCUAUUUGUAAAAUAAAACAGAUUUUAACCAGAAGAAAAAGCAUUUCAUGGAUUUCAUGUUUGAGAGCAUCGAAAAUAUCUGAGACUAUAUGAAGGUUUUACCUUACGUUAGGAUGAGAUUUUGAUUCUGUCAAGAGUCCCCUGUCAAUUUACAUGUGUGUUCAGCAAUCUCUGAUGUCUGCAAAAUAAACAUUUUUGAGCUUAGAGAGGACAAGUUAUAUGACUAAAUAAAGCAGAUGUACUCAAAGCAUACAAUAAUCCCAGUUUCCCAGGGCAGUCAGUCAUGAAAGAAAGAGACAAAAUCACAUCCAGCAGAAGCCCAUGGAAUUGAGCAAAUACAGAUAAAAACAGUUUUUGAGGAACCUCUCAGAGAGCGUAGCCUUCUUCUUAGCUGUGUUGCAAAGCCAGCAAUGGAGUAUAACAAGGCCCUGUGGGUAAAGGAGUGUCCAAAAUAUCCUGAAACCUUUGUCCUUCUGUAGCUCAUGCAGAAGAAGAGUAGCAAAGCUGCAGUCUUAAUUUAUCAAGCAGAGAGUUUUAUGCUUGAGGAUGUCCAGGUUGAUCCGGAAAGUGGAGUUUGCUAGAGGCACCCAUCUCUUUGUAGAACUUAAAUGAUCCCAACCUGCCAGGCUUCCUACCUCAUAGGAAACAUCCACAUUGAUCUUCUUCAGUUGGAGCCUCCCACAUGCAAUCUGGGAGACAGAAGUAUUUGGAAACAAAAACAAAGGAAGAGGCUCACUCAAAACAGCACAGGGAGUCCUCAGAGUUGCAGUUCAAUUAAUUUUAAUUGGAAAAUCAUGAGAUGAAGGGUAGCACUCUUAAUCUUGCACAGUGCUUUGCCUAAAGUAGUGUUGAGACAGCUGUUGUUGAAGGAAUAAAGGAAUGAAAAGAGGUAGGGAAGGGUAGGCUUUUAAGUCCUAGGUAAAAGCAGAGGUGAGCACAAGAUGCCUGGCAUUUUGGAAAAUGACCAGACUCCAGAUUCAGCAUCUCCAGCUUUUUCAGGGACCCUUCCCUGCAGCUUCCCCCACACCAGUAGGAGAUUAGUGAGGCAAGGUACUGUUCAGGUGGACCUCAUUGUUACCGUGAUCUAACUCUUGGUUCUCAAAGUCUGACACCUGGAACAAGUAUCAGAAUCAUCAAAAAAAAAAAAAAAAGAGUCUCACCUCAAACCUUUUGAACUAAAAGUUCCAGAAUGGGGCCCAUUGUUCCAAUUUUAUAAAUGACGUAUACUAGUUUGAGAACUAGUUUAUUAUGACGUAUACUAGUUUGAGAACAACAGUCCUAGAUUAUUCUAGUUUAGUCUCAAAGAGACAGCAGUAAUGAGAGUAUAAAAAUGGGAAGGGCCCAAGUGCCUACCUACUCAGUGACAGCAGGUGCAAACAAGAUGGAGUUCGGUGGGCAGAAACCCAGUGGAGUGGAUAGAGAGAGAUAAAUGAGGAAGGUCAGAUACAGGACAGUCUGAAAUUCUUAUAUCAAAGUGUUUUCCAAAUUCCCAGAAGGCAAACUAAGCUUGCAUUACAUUGAACAACCAACCUAAACACUUGUCUCCUUUGCCUUACUCCUAAUUGGAUUCACUGUCCAAAAUGCAGAGGCUUGCUUUGCCUUUUUUCCAGAAGUUUCAAACAGCAACUUUGAGAGCAGUGGGGUGCUUGACAGCUGUUCUGUGUUUUCCAGGAUUCCAACUGAGCAUUGAAACCCCUCAUUUGCCAACUUAUUUUUAUAGGAAGCCAAUUAAAAAAAAGUUUUCUUAUAGUAUCGGAACUACUUCUAAUUUUAAAAUGACUUUUUUGAUGUAUUUUUUGUUAAAGACUAUGUAGUGUAAUGUAUAAUUGCUCUUGUUUAUUGCUUUUACAAUCAUAUUUAUUAAACAGAUAAUGUCUCUAA